CUGUUACUGGUUUUAUUAGAGAUGAAGAACAAGAAAAGUAAUGCGGUUGAGGAGUUCGGCGGUACGUUUGGAACGCUGGUGUUGACGACUGUGCUGCCGCUCACAACUAUUUAUCUAAACCUAGCAUGUGGGAAGAGCUCGUGCAGUAUUCUUACGCUACCUCUGAUGCCGACAAUGGAAGAAAUGUUCAACACGACCUCCCUACUCAUCUACACAGGAUGGUUCUUCUUCCAACUAAUCAUACAUCUACUACUACCUUUUGGCAGUAUUCAGUAUGGCCUGCCAUUGAAGAAUGAUAAAAGGCUUUCCUACAAGUGCAAUGGGUUUUCCUGUUUCAUUUUUUCCGUACUGGCAUUUGUAGUAGCCUACAUAUUUGGUCUGCCAACUUCAUUCGUUUACAAGCACUAUCUGUCGUUCAUCGUAUCGUCAAUCUUCUUCAGUUUUACCCUGUCUCUAUUCUUGUACAUCAAAUCUUUCAGUGUACCUUAUGACAAACUGACUGAUUCUGUAAACGUGAAAGGUUCAUUCAUCUAUCAGCAUUUUCUUGGCAGAGAGUUAAACCCUCGAUUUGGAGAUUUCGACUUGAAAUUCUUUUGCGAACUCAGACCCGGCCUGAUUGGAUGGAUAAUUCUGGAUUUCUGCAUCCUAAUCGAAGAUUUUCAGAAACACAAUUCGUUGAAUUAUUCGCUGGCGUUGGUUGUAUUCUUCCACACUUUCUACGUAGCUGACGCUCUUUGGCAUGAGGAAGCAAUUCUAUCUACGAUGGAUAUAGUCCACGACGGCCUUGGACUGAUGCUGGUCAUGGGAAACUUAUCGUGGGUGCCAUUUUUAUAUUCUCUUCAAGCCAGAUUCCUUCUCGAACAUCCUCAAAUUCAAUGGAGCUUCUGUGCUCUAGUCGCAUUCUUCCUCUUAAAUCUGGUUGGAUACGCCAUCUUCCGCCUGUCGAAUUCUCAAAAAAAUGAAUUCAGAAAAAAUCCACAUAACCCUUCGUUAUCACAUUUGAAGACGUUAAGAACAUCAUCCGGCAAGAAGCUGUUGGUGAGUAGCUGGUGGGGUUUAUCCAGGCACCCCAACUACAUGGGCGAUCUCAUCAUGGCCCUGACCUGGUCACUCGUCACAGGCUUCCAGCACAUAAUCCCAUACUUCUAUCCCAUUUAUUUCACAUACUUGCUGGUGCACAGAGGAAUGCGGGAUGACGCGCACUGCAGGAAGAAGUACGGAUCAGAUUGGGAUACGUACUGUGAUACAGUUCAUUAUAAGAUAUUUCCUUAUAUUUAUUAAAUUAGUUAUUAUUGCUAUUUUGCUGUAUUAUCAUUUUCAUUAUUAUUAACGAUUAUUUAAAUUUCACUGUUAGAUGGAAAAAUUGAAUUAUUUUUAACAAUUAUCUUUACCUUCCAUAUAAAACAACAAAAUUCACCAGCACAAGUUAAAACAAAAAUAAUGCAAACACAAUAAUUUGUAUACACAUAUUUUAUUUUCUUGGUUUUUAUUUAAAAAAACAGUCUUUUACUAUGUACGUGUCAUGUAUAAAGGUAUGAUAAAUAAAAAUAUGAACAUAUGAAAAUCAUUCUGAUUUAACACACUGCACAUUUUUAUUACACGUGUUGUUGAAAUUGUUGCUAGUGUUGCGGUUAAAUGAUUUAUUUUUGUCAUUACUGCCAUCUGGUUUGGAGGAUUUGAAUUUCUUUUCCUCCUGUUCAAGUUUGAAACUCUGGAGUGUGGAUUUUCGUUUUACUGAAUCGUUUUUCCAUUUAUUCGAUGAUAUAGAAUUUUUGAUGUAUCGAUUUAGAAAUACUUUGUUUAUGGUGGAUUUCUUUUUCCUGCAAUGAAUGUAUUGUAGAAAUUUUGAAUUUAAUUGUGCUAAAAAUAGUGCCAAUAAGUUCAUUAAAAGUAAAAAAAAUGUUUUC